UCUAAAGACGGCUAAACCCGAAUGAUUGUAGUUCUAGGUAUAAUGUUAGUUCUACUUUUACACUUGCAAUGUCACUAGAACUUACAUUAGACCUAGAACUAGAAACAUAUGCAUUUAGCUGUACAUCUCUUAAGACGGCUAAACCCGAAUGAUUCUAAUUCUUGGUCUAGCGCUGCAUAAAGUUUCGGGUUUAGCCGUGCUUCUGAAGACGUAAUUGAAAUACACUGUAUAAUAUUUCUUUAAAAAUUGUUUUUCAACCGAUCUCAAGAAAAAUGUUAAUAAUGACACAUAAAAACGUCUAUUUCUCCAUUGCGAAUCCCAUUUUCUAGGAACUGGUGCCAGAUUCGUACGUCACAGAAGGCAAUUGAUCGCUGCGUUUUGAUGGGGUCGAUUUUUCAUGCCGCCAGUUCGUUUGCAAUCAAUCGGGCAUUGUUCGAAGAGAGGACCGGUUCGUACGAAAUAACACGCCGCGGCAGUGCUGGUGAUGCUUUCAACUGAAUAUAGAGGCGUACAGCCUGUCCCACACAUGAUCGGGUGUGUACUCACAUGACUGCUCCAGUCAGCACUUUUAUUACCCGAGGUCGCAUAUAAUAAGCUAAUUUAUUUCGUAUAUGCUUUAUAAAAAUAUACCAGUUAAAACAUCAAAAAUAAUUUUAUUGUCAAACUGACAUUGAUAACUGUAAAAGAAAUCAUGAAAAUAACAGCAAGAUAUACAGUAAUAGUAAUGCUUACUAUAGCAGUAGCUAAUCUUUAUUCGUUUAGAUCGAUACCAACAAUGAUUAAACCAUAUUUAAUACAAAUCGUCGGAGGUGACACAAAAAAUGUUACCAAAAAUGAAUGUCCAGAGCCAAGUGAAAAAGUACAAACUAAACCUCUAUCGAACAUAACAGAACCAAUAUCCCAUCAACAUGCCAUGAAAUUGGCUUACGAUUUUGCAAGAGCAACAGCACAUUUUGUUAGUGGCAUGUCAUGUGAUAUAAGCGGUGGAAGAUACAUAGUUUUCUUCAGUGUACUUGGAAGUGCAAUAUUGACGGCUUCUUACCCUUCAUUAUUAAUUAAUAGUCCACCAUGGGGUAUGAUAAUUUUUAAUAUAGUGAGUGGUUCAUUAAGUGGAUAUGUAAUGCCGGCAAUAAUGACAUUGAUAUCAAGUUGGGCUCCUUUAAAUAGGAGAACGGUUUUUGUUGGUGUUGUGUACGCAGGAGGACCACUUUCAAAAGUAUUAGAAUACGCUCUUAUCGAAUUUUUUACUGUAAUAAGCCGCAAUUGGGAAAACGUCUUCUACAUUUCCGCAAUUUUAGGGUUUCUUUACAUUUUAAUUCACAUGUACACGGUGUUUUCAAAACCGGGUAUGCAUCCGCUUAUUUCACGAGAAGAAAGAAAGUUUUUAGAAAAAGAGUUGGGAACAAAAAUUCCAAAACGAAUACCAUGGUUUCAAAUAAUAAAAGAUAAACAUGUUAUUGCGAUACUAUUUGGGAAAUGUGCUCAUCUUUGGAUGCAAAAUAUUAAUCAAACGUAUCUUCCUCAAUACUUAAAACUGGUGGUCAGAUUGGAUCUUGCGACUAGAGGAGCUUUCUAUAUGCUCCUUCCUCAUUUAUUACACUUUUUUUGCAUUAUUGUUGCAGCUGUACUUGUUCAAAUAAGUAUUAAUGCACACAAGGUAGAAUUAACCCAUUUAAGAAUUUUUUGUACGAUGUUUAGCGCGGUGAGUCCAGCAAUUUUAAUGAUAAUGAUGUCAUACGCAGGAUGCAACGUAUAUAUGAUUCAAGUUUUGAGCGCUAUGGCGAUUUGUAGCAUGUGCACAAUGAACCUUGGAAUUAAAUCAAACAUAUUGGACUUAACAACACAUUUUGCGGGGUUUUGCGAGGCCUUCAUAAACGGAAUAGCUACAUUUGGAGUUAUGGCAACACCUAAACUUUUAGGUGUAAUCAUUACUGAGCACUGUAUAGUACAAUGGAGAAGAUUUUACUGGAUUACGUUAGCGUUUACUUCAUUUUUAGCUACUAUGCAUUAUAUCUUUGUUGGAACAGAUAGAGCUAAGUGGGAUCAUUUAAAAAAAGAUAAUGUUACUAUGUACCAUGAUGAUUCUGAAUCGGAAAGUUUAUGAAUGUAAUAUUAAAUGAAAACAGUGUUGUUGCGUUUUAUUUUUAAAUACGAGCUAUUUAGUUACUCGAUUGGAACAAAUAAAUCUAGAAAGUUAUAAGCAACAAGUGGAUAAACGUUCAAAGUAAGAUUUAUGAAGUUAAUUUCCGAUCUCAAUUAAUUCGCGUCUGUUUUUUUCUGAAAACUAUUGUCGCAGUGCGAUAACCCUUUUAAUAAUUUAUUAGAACACUUAACGGUGGCAAACCGCAGGCUACACACACCAUCAGCCAUUACCGGAUUUCCGUUAAAAUUAUGCGUGGUCUCGUAUACCUUUGCGGAAGCAAAUUCUACGAGAAAUGGGGAGGUAGAAGCCGACUAAUUGAGAUAAUCUGUUUUCCUCGGGUCUCGCCUUCUUAUCUGCGAACGUCAUCUGAAUCACAAAUAGGGUUUUCCCUACAAGCAAUAUCUAAUUUCUCAAAGACUUCUAUUACUAACACCAUCCUCUUUUCAGUGGUAUAUCAGCAAUAUCAGGAUAGUUUGAAAAAGAUUUAAAAAGCACACAGUAAUUAACACAGGACAAAGACAGACGGACAUAUCAGAUUCUUUUUUAUCUUUUUCUAGAACUCGUCGCUAGUUUGUAACUAAGCGUAGACAAUUAGACUAUCUUUUUUACUCCUCGUUACUUGUCUCCCUUUGGCUUUGAUUUCCCGCCCGUUUUUUGCUCACCACUUUUAAUUUUCCCAUUGGAACUUCUAGGCGGAAACCUGCAUUCGUCUACCUCAUUUGUCACCAAUUUAUACCCCCGAUUUUUAAUUGCACGUGAAAGAUCGGUGAUUUUCUAAGUCACACGAAUAGUGGUUAAUUGCAGUCGGACGUUUCACAAAAAAAUAGUGAGAAGAGAGGGAGCGAUAAUUUCCAACAAUUCCGUCUGUCGGAAAAACCCCACUGAAAAAGUAACUACUGUAAUAAAAAGAAUUAAAAUUCAGCGAAUAAUUAAUAGUUGAGAAAAAAAGUAACGAAUUAAAUCUUAAACGUUAAAUCUAAACGAGAUUAAAUUUUUAAUAACUACUCGCAUAAUGAAUUAUUCUAUUUAAGGAAAUUUUUCAUUUUCAUUUAUACAU